CAGAAAUUCUAUCCAAAAAAAAAAAAACGAAGAACAGAAAAGAGAAACGAAAAUUGAAAAAUCUCUCUUAGUAAGCGCACUCUUAUUUCUGAUCCCAUUUGAGUCGUAGUCGUCCGGGACUACCGGCCCUAUUCUUACCAACGGCAAAAACCCAGUUGGUCUCCCUGAAAAACUUCACUAGGGUUUAGAGUUCAUCUAGAGUUCGAGGCCUGAACAGCUGCCGAUCUUGCGGUUCCGAGACGUGAAACUUUGAAUGAGCCUUCUCGAUGCAACGGCAGAACAUGCCAUUCUAUGGGGAGUCAAUCUGCAUGAGAGUAAACUACUCUUUUGUGAAAAAUGUUCCUCGUAAAAAGAGAUCAAAAAGGGGAUAUAUAAACAAGAAAGGAUGGCCGCGUGAUGGGAGUGUGGUGAAACUAAAGACCCAUUUACUACAUGUUAAAACAAAAAAAACACGCACAUGUAAAAAGCAAAUUUGCAUGGAUUUUGCUGAAACGAGUGAUGAUGAAGUUAUCCCACAUAAUUCAAUGCAAUGUCGUGGACGGUCCAGGAGAAGAUACGAAAGCAAUGGCCUUGGAAAGUUAGACUCAGGUGCCUUUGAGUGCUAUAUGAGGAAAAUAUGGAUGAAGUUUUCUGAAGAGAGGAAAAGUUUGUUUACAUGCCUUGACUCCUUAUGGUAUCACUUAUACACAGAUAGAACUACUAAAGCUAAGGUCUUGGAUUGGAUCAAGAAGAAAGAGAUCUUCACCAGAAAAUAUGUCAUUGUUCCUAUCAUUCAGUGGGGUCAUUGGUGUCUAUUGAUCAUGUGCAACAUGGGCAAAACUUUUCAAUCUGAAACUCCUUGCCUAUUACUGCUAGACUCCUUGCAAGAUGCACACGCCAAACAACUAGAAUCUGGAAUAAGAAAAUUUGUUUUCGAUCUUUAUAGCACAGGGGAGAGAACAGAGACAAAGCAGAUGAUAAAAAAGAUCCCUUUUCGAGUUCCCAAGGUCCCGCAACAAAGAAACAAUGAUGAGUGUGGGUACUAUGUUUUAUACUUCAUUGAUCGUUUCUUAGGACUUGCACCAGAAGAUUUUAGUUUGUCUGAGGGCUACCCUUACUAUAUGAAGGAAGACUGGUUUACCCCCGAGGAGUUGGACGUCUUUUGCAAAGAACUUGUAUCUUCAUCCAUGGAUUCUUCUGAAUGUGAUGAUUCUUCUUCGGAUUCUGAUGUUAUUGAAUUGGUAGGUUGUUGUAUAUCUUAAGAGUAGUUGUUCUCUAGAUUCAGAUUAUUCUUUAGCUUUAUAUAGUCCAGUAUUUUACUUUACCUUAUUGGGUAGGUAAUAAUAAUGAUGAUGAUGGUUAUGAUGGUGAUGAUAAUAAUAGUAAUAAUAAUAUUUUUAAAUAAUAUUAAACUAUAGUUAAAGCUUUUUUGGGUCAUAUUAGGGUGCUCAUCGAACCUCUGUUGCUGCAAUCACAAUUUUCGAACAUGAAACCUUGAUUGAGUUUGAAGAAUUAAACUCCCUACUUGGAUGAGUUGGACCAACCGUUGAUGGCGUGCUAGGGGGUUUUGGUUUAGGUUUAUAGCCAGGAGCCCAGGAUUAUUUUCGUGUCUUUGCAAGGGAAUGUAAGAUUAUUAAAAUUUGUAAUUACCUAAUGUGUUUUGUUUUUUGCCAACUCUCUAAUGGGUGUUAUGUCCAAUGGGUGUUUGGCUUAGGUUUGUAGAACUGUGUAAUCUCCUUGCAAGUGAAUGUAUGAUUAUUAAAAUUUAUAACUAUUUAAUGCAUUUAAUUAAAUUUUAUGGGAAUGUAGUAUGGGCUUAAUCUUUGUAGG